AAAUCUCCACCUUGUUCGUCUUCCACCUUGCCUUGUCUCUCUCUCCUUUCCUCCGUGAGUUGCGUCUCCUCCCCUUUCUUCCCCACCCAAUCCAAUCCCUCCCGCCUCCGCCUCCGCCGUCCAAUCUCCGGUUGCUCCUCCCUAAUGCCUCCGCCAAGCCGCGGCCCCAGUCCCGCCCUAAUCCCCACCCCGUCCCCUCCGCAUUAGCCAUUUCCCAAUCAAUCAAUCAACCAACCAAUCUACCUAUCUAUCUAUCCAUCCCCGGCUGCGAGGAUUAGGGUUAUUAUGGACGAGUACCACCACCGCAUGGGCGCCGCCGCCGACUUCCGCCGCGACCUCGAGGACCUCGUCUGCGACCACCUCGGCGGCUGCUUUUCGCCGGCCCCUUCAUCCUCCUCCUCCUGCUCCGCCGCCGGGGGAGGGGGCGCCGGCCAUGAGCCCGACGAGGCCGAGUCCUCCGCCGCGCGCAGGCGCAGGCGGGAGUCGCGCCUCCUCAGCCGCUGGGUCGCGCGCCAGGCCGAGGAGGUGCUCUCCUCCAUGGAGCGCGAGGUCGAGCGCCGCAACCGCGAGGCCGAGCUCCUCGCCCUCGCGCGCCUCCACCCCGUCUCCACCCUCGACCCCUCCUCCUUCCUCCUCUCCUCGCCCGCCACGCCGCCGCCGCGCCCGCAGCCCACCGCGCCGCCCUCGCUCCUCCAGAUGUGGCGCGAGCUCGAGCACCGCCGCGCCGACGCCGACCAGCCCUUCGACCGCGAGCCCUCCCCGGACACCGCCGACCGCGACCGCGUCCGCCAGAUCGCGCGCCGCCUCACCGACCCCGCCGACGGCGCCACCGCCGCGGCCGCCACCGGGGAGUGGCUUGGCGAGACCGAGAGGCAGAGGGUCAGGCUCGUUAGAGAGUGGGUGCAGAUGGCCAGCCAGCCGCGGGACUCCCGCGCAGCCUCGCGCAGGGAUGAGCCUCCUCGCCUUCGUGGCCGCCAGGCGCGCUUGGAUGUCAUCACCCGGAUGGCCAGGGAGCGCCAGCGCGAGCUGCAGGGGAUAUCAGGGUACCAUGCCGUGUCCGAGUUCCCUCGCCGCAGCCGCAACCGCAUCCAGGGAUUGCUUAGAGGGAGGUUCUUGAGGAAUGGGGCGCUUCUGGUUGAAGAGGAGCGACCACCGUCUGUGGCAGCGAGGGAGCUCGGGCAGUUGAGGCAGAGCCAUCGCACGCCAACCUUGAGAUCAGAGAGUGUUGUAAGUAGUCAAGAUGUUAGCCAGUCUGAUGCUUCUGUGCCUGAAAGUGGUAGAUUACUAGGUAACGAUGAAUCUCAACGAGGGGCUGAGGCCAGGGCUUUUACUGAUAGUGAGGAUUCAGCCCAAACUGUGCUGGAGAAUGUGGAUUUACAAGAGGCGGAUGCAGAUCGUGCUGAGGUACACUCACCAAGUAUACCAUUGGAUGGCACGGCUGUGAUGCAAGAGUCUCUUACUCAAGGUGAUAAUAUGAGGCAAGAUGAGACAGAAGAUGACACGGUAUUCUGGCAGUCAUCUUUGGAUAGCAGGCUGGAUAGAUGGCCCAGUGAGAUCGAAGAGGGUGCUGACAGAAAUUGGGGAGACAAUGCAGAAGAUUUACACAGUGAAACUGUGGAGGAUGACGAUAGGGAGCAUGAUCAUCUCCAAGAGGAGCCUGAUGACUGGCACGAUGACGAGUCUCAUGGUACCGUGGAAAACUGGCAAGAUGAUUACCAAGAUUCCGCACUUGAUACAGGCCCCAUUCCUAGGACAGAAAAUAGGUUUAUCCCACCCGAUGAUGACAAUGUGUAUAGCAUGGAACUUAGAGAAUUACUUAGCAGGCGAAGUGUGUCCAAUCUUCUGAGUAAUGGCUUUGGUGAAAGUUUGGAGCGAUUAAUAAGGUCAUAUGUUCAACGGAGUGGUCAUGGUCCCCUGAACUGGAAUCUUGAUGCGACUAUGCCCCCUUCUAAUUCACCAAAUGAAAAUCAGGAACAAGAAAGGAACACUGAGACUCGGCAAUUCCAGGCUCCUGUCAACAGACCUGCCCUUGUUAUCCCUCCUCCACCUUUGCCACCGCGACAGCCAUUAUGGCACAGAGAACUGCGUCAUAACAACUGGAGCAGCAGACACAGGGUACAUCAUGCAGAUCCCGAAUGGGAUGCUAUUAAUGAUUUGAGAAGUGACAUGGGUAGACUUCAGCAAGGGAUGAGCAACAUGCAGAGGAUGCUGGAGGCGUGCAUGGACAUGCAGCUGGAAUUGCAACGUUCAGUGAGACAAGAAGUGUCAGCGGCCUUGAAUCGAUUUGCAGGAGCUGAAGGAUCCUCGAUGGAUCUAACUGAUGAUGGAUCGAAAUGGAACCAAGUGAGAAAGGGUACCUGCUGCGUAUGCUGCGAUACGCAAAUCGAUUCUCUACUGUACAGGUGCGGGCACAUGUGUACUUGCUCAAAAUGUGCAAAUGAGCUAGUUCGGAGCGGUGGCAAGUGCCCGCUUUGCCGGGCCCCGAUCGUGGAGGUGGUCCGUGCAUACUCGGUAAUGUAAAGUGGUGGUGUGUGAGUACAUUACGACGGUAGGAAAGGGAAUAAGUUAACGGCAAGUGAAGUUUUGCUGCAAGUGAAGAAGCUUGUUCAGGAAAAUGGGGGGACAAAAAGAAAAAAAAAAGAGAAGAGCUGAGCUGAGCUCUCGUUUUUCCCCCUUGUUCUUGUAUUCGUUUGUGUAUCUACAUUCUACAGGGGAUGGUAGGGGGGGUUACUUACGUGAAUAUCUGUUGCCUUGCUGUUUGCGGAGACGCGAGUGGCAAAGGGCGUGCCAUUGAUUCUUGAAAGAGCUUGCGUUGGGAAGGGAAAGAUGUCCAAUGUAAGUUGUUUCUCUGUAUAUUUAUACACUGAUCAUGAACCGAAACAGACACCACACUAGCAAUGGAAUGAAUGAUAUACUUACUAGGUUCCUCGA